CACAUCCGUCUUUCCCUCUUUCUCUAUCUUAUAAAGUUGGGAGGUAUGAUCAUCAUUACUACUGCAAAACUAAACUUCUCCCUUCUGUACUCUGAUCUCCGUGUUCUAUAACAUUCAUCCAGCCUCCCCCUGUGUAGGAGGAUGUCACCCCUCCCCCAUCCACAUUCCUCUCCGGUGUCAGAGACUUUCAGUUUCGUUUCUCUUAUCCCCUUAGCAAUGGCGUCUGCAGAUCUGAGAGCUGAGCUGAAAUGUUCCGUCUGUCUGAACAUUUAUACCGAUCCUGUAACCCUGAGAUGUGGUCACAACUUCUGCCGGGUCUGUAUUGAUCGUGUGCUGGAUACACAGGAGGGGUCUGGAGAUUUAUUCUGUCCUGUAUGCAGAAAAAGGUUCAGGAGUCGUCCUGCACUGCAGAGGAACACAACACUACAUAACAUAGUGGGACAUUUUGUGUCUGCUCAUCCAGAUCAGGAGUCCGGGGUCUUCUGUACACACUGUGUGGACUCUCCUGUACCAGCUGUUAGAUCCUGUCUACACUGUGAGGCUUUUCUGUGUGAUAAACACCUGAGAGUCCACAAAACCUCACCACCACACGUCUUAUGUGACCCCACCUUGUCCAUGGAGAGCAGGAAAUGCUCCGUCCAUAAGAAGAUCCUGGAGUAUUACUGCACUGAGGAUGAGACCUGUAUCUGUGUGUCCUGCAGUUUGGCUGGAGAACAUCGGGGACAUCAGGUGGAGACACUGAAUGAGGCUUCUGAGAAGAAGAAGGAGACACUGAGGAAUGUUCUGCAGAAACUUCUGACAAAGAGAGAGGAGACGGAGGAAAGUGUCCAGAGUCUGCAGGAACACAGGAGGAAAGUAGAAGAAGAAGCAGCUGGUGACACCGAGAGAGUCACUGACCUGUUUAUAGAGCUCAGGAGAUGUCUGGAAGAUCUGGAGAAGAGAGUCCUGAGGGAAAUCUCCGGGAGGGCAGAGCGGAUCUCCAUCUUCAUCCGGGAUCUGGAAAUAAAGAAGGAGGAGCUGUCCAGGAAGAUGCGUCACAUUGAGGAGCUGUGUAACAUGACGGAUCCACUGACUGUCUUACAGGAAUCAGACACAGGUGACUUGUGUGAUACUGAGGAUGGAGAUAAUGAGGACAGAGAGAGACAUGAGAAGCUCCUCCAUGAUGGAGGGGGUCUGGAUGUGGCGGGGGUCUUACACACAGGUUUAUCUGAUAUAAUAACAGAGGUAAAUGUAUACUUCUAUAUAGAGAUAGCUGCAGACAUAUUAUUGGAUGGAAACACAGCUAAUAAUGAUCUACAGAUAUCAGAUGACAGGACAACUGUAUCCGUGUCAGAUAGAAAACAGAAUCACCCAGAAACACCAGAGAGAUUUCAGAAUUAUUCUCAGGUGAUGAGCAGUCAGAGUUUCUCCUCAGGGAGACAUUACUGGGAAGUGGAUGUCGGGGGAUCAGAUGGAUGGACAGUCGGGAUGUGUUACCCCAGUAUAGAGAGGAGAGGGGGGGAGUCAGAGAUUGGAUUUAAUAAGAAGUCCUGGGCAUUGAAAAGAUAUAAUAAUCAGUAUUCUGUGAUACAUGACAGUGAUGAGACCCCCUUACCCCCCAAUCCCUCCAGUAACAGAGUCAUGAUAUAUCUGGAUUAUGAGGUCGGGCGGAUCUCCUUUUAUGAUUUGUGUGACCCGACCCGACACCUCCACACCUUCACCACCACCUUCACUGAGCCCCUCCAUGCUGGGAUAUGUGUAUAUAAAGGUUGUAUAAAGAUGUGUGGGGGGGCGGAAGAUGACGAAGAAUUGGGAUCUAUAUAAUAUUCAUCCAAUAGUAUAUAACAGUGGGCGUGGCUUCCUGCAAGUUUUUCUACUAUAAAUAAAUGUGAGAUUUCUUACUGAUCGCUGUGAUUGGGUAGAAUAUCUGUCCAAUUACUGUAGUAACAAUAACAUGUUCUCUUUUUUCCUAAUUUUUAAGCCGGCAGUUUUCCUAUGGGAAACACUGCGGUGGAGCAUACACA